CGACAAGAGACAACUAAAAGUGACAUUACUUUACCAGGAUUCGCUCACAUUCAUUCAAGGAUACCGACAUUUGACAGUGCAGGACCACAACGGUCACCAGGCUACAGAUACACAUCGCCCCACCACGAUCACUACCAUGGCUGAGCUCCAAGGCCAAACACAGAAGGAGGAGGAGAACCCGCUCUUGGCAGCACGUCCGCCCACUACUGAUCCGAUCACAUACCUCACAAUUGUGGAAUAUAACCUUACAGAGGAGAAUCUGCCGGUUUUGCAUCAAGUCCUCCAGGAUCCUGAGUUGACGGCGAACAUCGGCUGGGACCUUAUCCACCUGCUGCUCCCACUCCUUCCAGCAUCCGAAGAAUGUCUGCAAGAUAUUGCGACCAAGGGCAACCCAAGAGAAUGCGUCUUGAAGGUUACAGAAGCGCUGCGGCUACUGGAAUUCGAAGAUCCGCGUGAAGAUACGGAUGACGACGAACAAGACGUCGAGGAAGGCGGGGCGAAGCUCAAAGUACCGGAAGUUGGAGUGGGGGAAUCGAGCACGAGUCCUGCCUUCCCACGCACGAUACUGCCGCCCUUGCCGGUGCUCAAAUUCGAGAUUCUUCUCAAUUUAUUGGCUACGCUGCACAGAAGGGUCAAGACCAAGUUCCCCAGCCGCUUCCUCUCAACAAGUUUGCAAGCUGUUCUGGUUGCAUUCAACAGAGCAAAUACGCAUCAGGAAGAGCUUACAUUGGCCGCAAUCAAGCUUGUGAAGACACUUUCUGGAACCAAGAGGCCACAUCUACCGUCGAGACGAAGCAGCGGCAAUCUUCUAAGUCGGACAAACACCAACGGAACCCAGGCCGACCCAGAAGCACAAAAUGAAGCACCAACUGUCGGUGAGAGGACGCUGGUGAACCGUUUACUUCAAUCUUUCAUCACGCAUGUUCUCGAGGACUACGUGCUCUCGCUGACUUCGGAUGACGAUGUUCCAGGUCUGUCGUGGGCCAGCAGAUUGAUGGAGAAAUACGAGCCGCAGAGGAUACCGAACAAGCCGAACUACCAGAAGUAUGCGGACCGAUUCGCAGAAGAUGAGGAUCUGAGAUCAAGGACCGCUAUCCUUGGGCAAGUGGUCGCAUUAGCGCAAGACCUAGGGCUGAAGACAGAGGAACUAAUCUCAACUAUUCUGGAUCCCGAAGUUGAGGAAAGGGGUGUCCCAGGCACUGAAGACGAGCCGCCUGCUACUGCUACCGAUAUCCCACUGUCGAGAACUGGCGCGCUCAUCCUAUACACUGCACGAAACGUCAAGCAAGAGCUGUACGCAGCGGCUCAAGGAGACGAGAGGACCUCAAUUCCCAUCUUCCCUGGUCAUGCAGCUAUACUCAAGAACUUCGUUGGCACUCUUGGUCCACAAACAGUCGGUCUUGAGCCCGAAGCACUCCUCGACACUAUUCUCGCCCUCGGCCUCAUCGCCCUAGAGAACAAUAACGUCGGCGAACCCCGAGACGACGAGUCCUUUGCGCAAUACCUCCAAACUGUCUCACUCAUCUCUGCAAACACGCCCUCUCCCAGUCUCCGGGGGCAUGCACAUUACCUUACAACCACCAUCCUGCGCUCCCACCCCCACGAUCUCGUCCGCCUGACAUUCAUCCGCGACACGCUCGAGCACUGUCCGUAUGAGAACCUCAAAGCAAGCGCAGUAUCCUGGCUCAAAGGCGAGACGCUCGAAGCAAAUGGCCCGCACGCCGACACCGACGACGACGCUCAAACAUCCAUCUUCGCAACCCCCGUGGCGCUGCAGACCGUUGCGCCUUACCUCUGGCCAGACCUCAGCAGUCACUAUGCGUCGACGAGCGUCGAGGUGAGCGACUCGUGGAUGCAGUUCAGGCAAGAACUCGGUUUCUAUGUUGCUGCACUUAACUUUUAUUACCUCUUGCUUCAGGCGCAGCAUCUGCACGAGCCGCUAGGAGUGAAAGCUCUUGAUGUUACGCAUUAUAUUGGGCCGCUGAAGGAAGUUGCUGCGAGGUUUCAGAAGGAGUUGGGAGAAGUUGGUGAGCUGAAUGCUGUAGUUGAGGAAGGGAAGGCAAGAGAGCAGGCGUUGGCUGAUGUGGGACUGCUGCAGAAGAUUAUUGAGUGGGUUGAGGCUGGCCAGAAGAAGGUGUAGAUGUGUGUGGCAGUUGAUUUGUCUAGCUAUGGUGUUCAAGAUAUAGACGUAGCCAAACCUAUAUAAAUAUAGCGUUAAA